AUUAGACAAUAAAAUGCUUCAUAUUUGAUGCAGAUUCAAGCUGUUGUAAAGAAAUAUGACAUUCUUUUUAUUGCUGAUGAGGUGAUUUGUGGAUUUGGAAGGCUGGGCACAAUGUUUGGGUGCGACAAGUACAACAUAAAACCAGACCUUGUGUCCCUUGCAAAGGCCCUUUCUUCUGCAUAUAUGCCUAUUGGCACUGUACUUGUGAACCCCGAAGUAUCAGAAGUCAUACAUUCUCAAAGCAACAAACUCGGUACUUUUUCUCAUGGAUUUACUUAUUUUGGACACCUAGUAUCCUGUGUCGUUGCAAUUGAAGCACUUAAAAUCUACAAGUGUGUUCUUUUCUUCUCAUCCAAUUUUACCUGUUCAAAGUUUUACUUCAUAGUUCAGUUUACGUAUAUUGCAUUGGAAGACCCUCAAAGAUGACUGAAUAGGACCUGAUGGAGUUUUAUCUUGUCAUACAAUUUCUUUAAUUGUCCCCCAAAUGGUGGGUAGGGCUGUAAACUUUUCG